UUACCGGCGCUAGGGGCAUUAGCGACCCCCACUAAAAUCGAAAUUAACAGACGAAAGUACUGGAAGACCGCCUGGCAUCAUGGCUUUUAGGGCUGUACUGUUUUGUAUAUGUGCCGUAUCUCUAGCAACAGCCGCGCCCGCCAAACGAGACGCCCAAAGAGCUGAAUAUGAUUACGAAUACGAGAAUUCCGCACAAUCCCAACAGCCAGCUGAAUCGAACCAUUAUGACGCUUACAUACAAGACGUUAAAGCCGCUGCAUCAGGCGAUGGAAGCAAAAAGGGCUUCAGCAGAGGCAGUGGCCUGCGAACGAUAGCCGUAGGAUCAGCGAAUCAAGCGAAAACAGCACUCGGCAACCAGCAAGCAGCUGCGUAUCAAGCGGCAUAUGUGGCUAAGAACACGCUGGCGCAAUCAGCGGCUCAGUCCAGCGCAACAGCGCAAGCAGCGCUGGCUGGGAAACAGGUGAUCCUGUCGGGAUUGGAGCAGCAAGUCAGAGAUGCUAAGGUCGCGCUGCAAGGUGAAGAAAUGCAGCUGCAACAGGCUAAGCGAGCUGCCCAGUCUGCAGCGCAAGCGGCUCAACAGGCUAUGCAUCAGGUAAACGUGAUUCAAGCCGCGCUAAACGCAGCACAAGCAACAUCAGAGAACGCGAACGAAGCGGCCUCGCAAGCGGCCGGCGAGCUCGGCGCGCAAACAGCUAUGGUCGGCGCGGCGCGGCAGCGGUUGAGCACGCUGCAAGAACAGCUCAAGGGUGUGAGGAUCGACUUCGAGGCGACGCAGGCUGCCGCGAGGAAGGCGCAGGCUGCUGCCCAGCAAGCUCAAGCGAACGCAGCGGAGGCCGCAGCGAAAGCCGCAGCAGCUGGUCUGGCGCAGCAUAGCGACUCAUCCCACGAAGGUACGAGCAGCGAGGAAUACAAGCGACAGCCUGAGAGCCAGGACUACUACCAGGCGGAAUACCAGCACCAGUAGCUUAGGGGUUAAGGGUUGACAGGAAGGGGUUUGCAGGAAUCCCAUAGAGGUAGCUGGUGGUGAUCACUCCAGAAUGCCGGAAUAUGUUUUACUGGUGUCUAGGUUAACUGGGAGUUCAAGGAAAUUUCAUAACUUGACUAUUUAAUAGUAUAAUUGAAAAGGCAGUAGUCAGAAGUUAGAACCCAAAAGUAACUUUUUCUGAUGAAGUAUAAUAUCACGAAGGUUUAAUAAACAAUAGUCAAUUCCCUCGAAAAAUAUUGUAAAUAAAUAAAGAGAAAAAUUUCGCAAAUAUCUAUGCAUCGAUAUGUUUUGCAGUUGAGUCGGAAUAUCAUGCAAAUCCGUAAAAUAAAAUAAUUUUUAGUCGUAAUUUGAUCCAUUCUUUCCAUAACAGUUUUAUGAUAGUUUAUAGUAAGCCUAGACAUCAGAUUUAGUUAGUAAAAUCAAUUGUUCGAUAUUGAAAAAGGUGGAAAUAACGCUAUAUUUAUUAAAAUACCGCCUUUAACAAUAUCAGCAAUUGCAAUUAGUUGUAAAUAAAGAGCUAGCUAGAUAGUUGAGUUCUAUAGUUAAUACUUAUUGUGAUAUAUUUUUGUACUUCGUUUUUAUAACCUAGAUUUUAAGGGUGACCAUAUUAACAGGAUUAUGGGGAUGCUAAAUUGAAUUACUAAUAACAGCUACGUAAUAAAAUUAAUCAUAUUGACACUUAAUUCAUCACUUAAUCAAAUAGAAAUUAUUCAACGACUUCAAAAGUUAUGGUUACCCUCAAAAUAUUUAAUCAUCUGUUAAAAAAACUUUCGUUUUUGUACAAACUACAAAAAUGUAAAGUGAAAAACUCUCAAGAGCAACACUAACUAGACAAAAGUGCGAUGUCCAGGAAGAUGCAAUAGUGAUGUAGCAAAUUUAUUAUUUAAUAAAACAUUUUGUUACAA